AUGUCCGGCUACGAAAGUGGCAAAAGGAAGCUGCUGAAGCAGCCCAAGAAGCAGGCCAAGGAGGUGGAUGAAGACGAUAAGGGGUUCAAGCAGAAGCAAAAAAGAGGAACAGAAGAAACUCGAGGAGUAAAGUGGAGGCCACAGGGAAGGGCUCCCUUGGCCAUGGGUGGAAUUAAGAAAUCUGGUAAAAAGUGA